GGGCUGGGAAGCCACCUCCAGGACUUCACUUAGAUGUCACAAAGGAUGACAAGAUGGUACAGAAACUUAUGAUUGAUGAGAAGAAAUGUUAUUUUUUCGGUCGCAACAAAGACAUGUGUGAUUUCUGUAUUGACCACCAGUCCUGUUCACGUAUCCAUGCAGCUCUAGUGUGGCAUAAACACCUCAACAGACCAUUUAUAGUCGACCUAGGCAGCACCCAUGGUACAUUUGUCGGAACAAUCAGGCUUGAGUCCAGGAAGCCUCAACAGGUCCCUUUAGACAGUAAGCUCCACUUUGGUGCCUCAACCAGGAAAUACAUAAUCAGAGAGAGACCCCAAAAUGUGCCUCAGCCCAACAAUGAUGAUUCUAUGACUGAAGAUAUGGAUGUCAGCUUACUGGGUCUUCCUGAGACAGAAACAGAAUUAGAAAAUUUAACAGAAUUCAACACAGCUCACAACAGGCGUGUUGUGUCAAUAUCAGACAUAAGAGAUGAAAAUACCAGCACAGUAAACCCUCUCAAGCGGAAAAAGCGUGCCUUUGCCCAUGUGUCAUUUAAUGAAGAUGAGCAGGUUAUCAAUCCAGAGGACAUUGAUCCAAGUGUAGGGCGGUUUAGAAAUAUGGUUUCUACGACAGUGAUACCAAAUAAAAGAUCAAGAACAGAUGCUGGAGGCGGAGGGGGUGGUAUGAAUGAUUCAAUUAGCACAAAGCUACACAAUUUCCCAUAUGCCCAGAACAGAGACUUAUACAGUGAUAUGGCCACACCUACGUCACCAACAUCAACAUUUUCAUUCUCAUCAAAACUUGGAUUACCUAUGCCCAAUCUGGCUCCAGAUCUAGACAUUAUGCCAGAGGCAGUGGUGAACAUUAAUCCAACUCCAGUUAUGAUGAACAUUGAAGAACCUAAUGGACCAAAGAAGAAGAAAUAUGCCAAGGAGGCAUGGCCAGGGAAAAAGCCACAUCAUUUAUUAGUGUAG